ACAAUUCGCACAAUUCGUUUUUAAACGUAUCGAAUUUUUUUAUUUUAUCCUUAAUAUGAUAAUUAUCACAAUAUUUUAUCAAAUAAAUUACAAACGAUAAUUAAUAUUCAUAAGAAGUUGUGAUUUUCAAAACAUUUACUAACAUGGGUACUAAAAUAGAUCAGAAAAAAUAUUUACAAAAGUAUUUAAAUCCUAAAAAGCAUAAGAAAAAGGGUCAGAAAAAAACCGAAAAUUCAGCAAAACGGGUAAAUAUAAUCGAUGACGAUAUUGAUGUAUCACAAAUAAUGCCAAUUGGUGAUUCAGAAAUAGAUAUUUAUACUACUGGAGAAGAUGCACCACAGAUAGCAGGCAUUAUUGACGAAAGACCAAUAGAUGUACAACUAAAAGACAAAUUUAAAUUCAAUACUCAAUGGAAAUUAAUCAAUGACGACGAUGGUUUUAAUUCACAAUUAAUUAUAAAAGAACAAAAACGUAAAAUUAAAAAUAGUUCUAUCGGUGAUGAAUCCAAAACAUCAGAAGGUGAUAGUCAAGAUUAUUCUCCAAAACGUAGAAAAAAUUACUCCGAUGAUGAAAAUGAAUCAACACGUAAAUCUAGAUUGGAUAAUUCUAAGGCCAAAAAAUCCGACAAAAAUUCAGAUUCAGACUUUAGUCCACCUAGAAAUAAAGGAAUAAGUUCUAAACCAUCAAAACGUGAUUCAAGCCCAUUUAGGAAAAAGUAUAAUGAUAAGGAGUCAAAAUAUCAUUCAGAUUCUGAUACCAGCCCCCCUAGAAAAAAACAAACAAGUAAUGAGAAUUCAAGAAAAGCUACAUCAUCAAAACAAUCAGAUUCAGAUACCAGCCCUCUUAGAAGGAAUUCGAAUAAAACAAAUAAGUCAGUACAGGAUUCAGAUACCAGCCCACCAAGGAAACAACAUAUUAAAUCUGAAAAAGGAGGAAGACGUGAUUCAGAUUCAGACGCUAGCCCACCUAGAAGAAAAUCCCCAAAUACUGAUACAAGUCCUCCAAGAAAAAAGUCAUUUAAAUCUGAAAAAGGAACAAGGCAAGAUUUUGAAUUUGGUGGAAGUCCACCCAGAAAAAGAAAACAAAAUUCUAGUAGGUGGGAUCAACCUGAUUUAGAUGCCGAUCCACCUAGAAAACAUAAAAGAAACAGAUCAGAUUCAGAUACUAGCCCGCCAAGGAAAUCUAAUAGACAAUCUGAAUAUAAUUUUGAAAAAUCUAAACAUAAUUUCGGAGAAUCUAAUUCAUUUAGAGAUAAAAAGAUAGAUAAGAAAAGAUUUCAUCCAGAUUCAGAUUCAAGUCCCCCAAGAAUCAGAAAAGGCAAUACGAAAAAUAGACCUGGUAGUAAUUCACCUAAAAAUGUAAAUGUUGUCAAAUUUAAUAUUAGAAAUCCUGAUCAAGCCGAAAAAAAAUUAGAUGCUGAAAAGAGGAAAAUUCAAGAAGAGAAAUAUGCAACAUGGGGUAAAGGUUUAAAACAAGUUGAAGAACGUAGAGAAAAAAUGGAUAAUGAUUCACAUGAAAUGUCAAAACCUUUAGCAAGAUAUGCAAAUGAUGAGGAUUUAGAAAGUUUCUUAAAAGAACAAGAACGUGAAGGUGAUCCUAUGUUAGAAUAUAUUCGAAAACAAAAUAAAACUGAAAAACAAGACGAUAAACCUAGUAAGCCAAAAUACGAAGGGGCUUUUAUGCCAAAUCGGUUUGGUAUUCCACCAGGUUAUCGAUGGGACGGUGUAGAUAGAUCAAAUGGUUAUGAAUCAAACUGGUUUAAUGUACAAAAUUCGAAAAAGGUAUUACAGGAAGAAGCUUACAAAUGGAGUACGGAUGAUAUGUAAUAAAUAUAUAUAUAUAUAUAUUUUUUUUUUUAAAUAA